AUGACUGAACUCGACCCGAAGAAUCCUUCGCGCAACGAGGAAAAAGUUUAUCACUUUGCGAGUCCGAUCAGUGCUGAGAAAUUACCACAAACCAAGCUCGAUAGUCAGCCACGUUGCCACUCGUACAACGAUGCAACUUCGCACACGCCAAUGGACUCAGCAACGAUUGGACAUAAACGAGUCAAAAAUGAAGACAAUCCGCUAACGUUUCCAAGUGAAACGCUCUCUUCUAGUGGAAUACAAAGCACGCACAUACUGAACUCGUCUAAAUCGGAGCCGAUUUCUACCGAUGAUGACUUUUAUGAGAAUUUCCGAGCCGCACACGAAGCUAUCGACGCAGGAGUGCAUCCAAUUCUGAUCCCUGAGGGAACGUCGGGUUCUUAUUUUGUGCGCGACUUUUUCCAGAAAAUGUUGUGCUUCUGCUGCUUUGGACGCGCGUGUCUCAUUCCAAACAACGGAUAUCUGUCCGAGGCGGCCGCAAGUCUUGUUGACGAAAAGCUCAAGCUUCACAUCGUUCCAAAAACCCGUGUCGUCAAGUUGGCCUCCGCAUCGUUUUUCUACAAGAAGAGGUUUUGGACCUCGUAUGGUGGCAUUGAACAUUGGCCGAAAGAGGGAAGCUACCAGCUAUUCGUUCAUGGAUAUGAGCCGGCAAGUAUUGUGAUGGCUCGUUGGGAAUACGACGAGAAAUUGUUGAGUGACGCAGAAGAAAUCUCGUUUCGAAGACAGUUUCAGCGAAUGUGUGUCCUCGACUAUGUCAUUCGAAAUACCGAUCGUCACAAGGACAAUUGGCUGAUCAAGCACGUUCCCGGACAAACCAUCCGCUUGGCUGCCAUCGAUAAUGGACUUGCUUUUCCCGUCAAACAUCCGGAGUGUGCUUCGCGUUUUCGUCAAUUUCCCUUUCAGUGGGCAACGCUCAAAUGGGCUAAUGAAAAUUGGGAUGAAACUCUUCGCAAAGAACUGCUGGCACUUUUUACUCCACUUUUCAUUCACAAUCUCAGUUCGGAGCUCCGCCCACUUUUGAGACACGAUCACUUGGACCGUUCUUUGACAAGCCAUCAAUUGAAAGUAUUGCGUGGCCAGAUUUACAAUCUCGUUCAAGCGCUUGAAAAUGACAUGACUCCCGCCCAAAUGUCGAACUUGACUCCAAUCAACCUUCAUCGAACAUAUCGCAAGCUGCCCGUUGGUGAUAACAUCCGGGAAAACUUUACGGUGCGCGACAUGGAUUACAAGGGCCGCGUGUGCUGC